AUGGACGUUUUCCUUAGACCGUUAGUGGAUGAGCUUAAGCAAUUGUGGCAGACAGGUGUACGUACUAAAGACGCGGCAACAAACACAUACUUCACAAUGAAGGCGGCGUUGUUAUGGACCAUAAAUGACUUUCCAGCCCGUAGUAGCCUAUCAGGUUGGAGCGGACAAGGCUACAUGGCAUGCCCAACUUGUAACCAAGACACUCCUUCAAUACGUGUAACUGGUAAAUGUGCUUAUGUUGGUCAUCGCCGGUUCUUAGAUGCCAACCAUCCUUGGAGAACAAGUCUCGACUUUAACGGGAGACCCGAGACACGAGACCCUCCGAGACAGUUUAGCCCAGCUGACAUAGAAGCUCAACUAGGUCGUUUAAUUAAUCGUCUACCAGGCAAGCAUCCAGAUUUUGGAGAUAGGAGGAUAACCCGGUCAGAUUUCGAGUUGAACUGGUCCAAAAGAAGCAUACUUUUUGACCUUGAGUAUUGGUCUUCUCUGCAGCUGAAACAUAACUUAGAUGUAAUGCAUAUAGAGAAAAAUGUGUGCGACAGCUUGCUCGGUACUCUUCUGAUGAACGAUAAGAGCAAAGACACGCCAAAUGCGCGGUCCGACUUGGAAAAACUAAACAUUCGGCCGUCACAAUGGCUGAAACAAUCGGGUGGCAAGUUCUUAAGUCCCCACCCAAAGUACUCAUUCAAGUCCGAUGAUCGAAAACUUUUUUGUCAGUUUAUAAAAAAUGUUAAAUUACCAGAUGGGUUUGGAUCUAAUAUCAGUAAGAGGGUGACAGAUAACAAUGCUAACAUUACCGGGUUGAAAUCUCAUGACUGUCAUAUCCUCAUGCAACGUUUGAUACCGAUUGGGGUUAGAGGGCUUUUGACUAAAGAUACAUCUACACCAAUAGUAGACCUUUGUAUGUUCUUUAAGCAACUUUGCUCUAGAACACUAUCGGUGGAUGAUAUGAAGAAAGCAAAGGAUGACAUUGUUACCAUCUUAUGCAAGUUAGAGAUGAUCUAUCCACCUGCGUUUUUUGACAUUAUGGUUCAUUUACUUGUGCAUUUACCUGAUGAAGCGAUUGCGGGAGGUCCAGUAGCUUUUAGAUGGAUGUAUCCAUUUGAAAGGUACAUGAAAAAACUAAAGAACUAUGUUAAAAACCCGGCAAGGCCUGAAGGUUGUAUAGCUGAAUGUUAUGUGUUUGAAGAAGCUCUAACAUUUUGUUCAAUGUACCUUAAAGAUGUUCAGACUAAGUUCAAUCGCCCAGAUAGAAAUGAUGAUGUCGUUGUUGAAAAAAGAAAGUUAUGGGUGUUUGAGUCCAAAUGUCGUUAUGUUGGCGCAAGAAAGGAGAAAUAUCUAUCAUUCAUCGAAAAAAGCAAGAUGGAAUGGUUUGUCCUCGAAAACUGCGCAGAAGUUAGGGAGUACAUGAAUGAAUUCAAACAUACACAUCCCCAUGAUGAUCUUAAAACCAAAUUUCCGGGAUGGUUUCUCCAUAAGGUCCAUUCGAUGAAAACACAAAAUUCUCCAGAAUUCCACCCGGAGUUGUAUGCUCUUUCAAUUUGUGCGAAAAUGACUGCUUACACUUACACUGCUUGCAUAGUCAACGGUGUUAGGUUUAAGACACUUGAACGUGAUGCAAAAUGCGCAACGCAAAACUCUGGGGUGGAAGUGGUUGGAGAGAACGGUGUGAAAUUUUAUGGCCAAUUAGAAGAAAUUAUUGAGUUGCGUUAUACAAAUGAUUAUUCCACUGUCCUAUUUCGGUGCAAGUGGUUUGAUACUCAAAGGGGUGUAAACCAUGACAAUAAUAUCACCAGUAUAAGCACUGAACAUGAAUGGGACAAAGACGAUCAACUCAUAUUUGCUUCGCAAGCCAAACAAGUGUUCUUCAUCCAAGAAACGUCUCGAAACCAAAAAAUAAACAUUGGGAUUAUGUUUUCGAUAUUGUUGAUAUUCGCGUAUCUGAUGGCUGAUGUGGCCCCCUGGGGACAUGGGGGUGACAGCGCUGGUGAUCCACCGCUUCCUCCUGGUGGAUUUCGUGGCACACACGAGACAGACGCGGUUCCCCCGAAGAGGGUUAGGGGGAAAGCAAAAAACGAGAAACUAAGGCGUCUGGUAAAAGCGGGGGGGCCUGUAUCGCUUACGUUUGACAGGCAGGUGACGUAUACCCCUGUUGGUAAAACAAGGGAUAUGUUUUCACGGGAGGCCGGCCUGUAUAUGUGGCGGUCCAUCCCCUUCGAUAAAAUUGGAUGGGAUAACGUUGAACAACAUUACAAGGAUGCCCUCAUGAACCACUUACGGGAAAAUUUCAAUUUUGAUGAAGUGGAACGUGAUAUAGAGGCCAAAAACUUGACGGGUGGCAUUAGGGUUGUGCUUAUGAAGCGGUACUCUGACCGCAAGUACGAGGCUAAAAAAUUAUUUAAGAGCAAGGGAGGUUACGAUGAUCUUGAGAGUGCAAGGGCAUUCCAUCCCAAGGAUAUGCCCUAUGAUAACUGGUUGAGAACCAUCGAAGGUUUCCGGGAAGAAAAAUAUAUUAAAAGAAGCAAGGCCAACACACUAGUACGCGAGAAACAACAAUUCCCAUACCGUGGGGGGACAUCUUCGUACGGUAGCACCGCCUAUAAAAAUGAUAUGGAUUGGGUACCUACGUAUGCUAAAACCCACACGGACAAUCAAGGGAAUUGGGUUGAUCCGGUUGCUGAACAAAAUUACCGGAACAUACAACAUGCCACUAGUGAAUGGAGAGGUGAGGGUCCGCCAAUUGCCCCGUAUCAGGAAGCGUUGGGUGAGCGGCGAGGAUGGUACCGCGGGAUGGGGCCUAAACCUUCUUCCAACACGUCCUCGCACUCGUCAUCUAACAUGUCGUCUUCGCAAGCUCGGACGCAAGAACCCUUUUCCGAGGAUUUUGUUAACAGCUUGUUCCAAACCCCGUCAUUUUUGAACCAACUUAACAACUAUCUUGCUUCACAAGGAAAAGGAAAAGGAAAGUCAAAAGACUACGAUUCUGACAACUUAUUCGAUAAUGAAUCCGACGAUGAACCCAACGAUAACGAUGACGAUGAGUGACUUGUUUUUAAUGUAUGCUUUGGAUUUAAUUAAACGUUGUAGGAUAUAAUGUACGACUUAAACGUAGUUUUUAAUUAUAUUACCUUUAGUAUAUGUUGAUUAUGUUCA